CACAGAAGUACAUAGAGCUAAAUGUCAAAACAAAUAGUGAGGUUUCAAUAUAGGUUACCAAACAGCCGAUACUGUAAACAAUUUUAUUGUCUUAUAUUUUACCAGUAGUUGAUAUGUUCAACGAAAUUCUAUCCUUAGCAUCCUCGAAUGGAAAAUUUAUUAUCAUUGAUAAUUUACAUCAAGAAUUGAUUUAAAGAGACAUGUCAAGUUUGAUCGAGGAGAUUAACAUUUACUAAUUGAUGUUUCAGUUAAUAAUUAUUAUCAAUUUAUAAUGCCACCGCGGAAAUCAAUUAAAAGUUUAUAUAGUGUCUGCAUUGAUCAUGUUUUAGAAGUAAUUCAUAUGUAUGUUGUCAAACAUCAAAAGAAUUUUGUACCAUUGAGAAAAUAUUUAAUAGGGCUUCUUCAUGGUGGUAUUAGGGAGCAUUUGAUUGACAGAGCUGUGACAAAUUACAGUUCCAAGGUGUUUGAUUUAUUGGAUAUACUUGAAUUACUUGCUGACUCUACAACUAAAAAAUUGCAAUUGAAAAAAAAGGGAGAAUUUCUAACUGGUUUUCAAAGUGCUCAACUCUAUUCCAGAAUUGAGGGUUCAAAUAUUAUUGGUUUGCAUGAACUUCAUGUCAAGGUUCAGAUUGAGCACUCUCUUCCCUCUCAAGUUGAAUCCUUACCAAGCAACCAUCUGCAUUCAGCAUUAAGAAGAGGAUUAGCCAGCAAUCUUCGCAUUCUUACUCUACAAAAUGCUGCUGAUAAUCAGUCGUUAAAGAUUAUUGGGCAAUAUGCUCAACAUUUGACUAAUUUGGACAUCACAUCAUCCUGGCUUGUUGAUGAUUUUGGAAUUGGUGAACUCCUUUUAAAAGAUGCUGUAAAUGUAAUAAACGCUCAUCUUGUAGAACUUGAAAGUUGUGAACCUGUCGCUAUUGAAGCAAUGGCCGCUCUCCAGAGAUCUCAACUUAACAAGACAUGUGAGACCUUACAAGAAGUAAAAAUACAAGAUACAAAUACAACUUCUGUUUCAGUAAUGUUACUUUUAAUGUUCUGUUCUAAUUUAAAAAGCCAUGGAGGUUUUUUGUAUUACAGGAACAUUGGUGAUGCAGUGUUGAGUGUUCAAAAUCGGGACAGCGCUCCAGCACACCUUCAAUUAACUGAACUAUGGGACACACAACUCCCUCCGGAUAAGCUUGCAAAAAUUUGCAAGUUUCUUCCCAAGCUCAACUCACUUUACACCCGAGCUUCUUGGCUUCCUCAAACCCCUGGAAUUUUACCUCCACUAACCAAUCUAACUGCUGAUUUUGAUUUUGGAUUUUAUGCCCCAGUGCUAUUUCCAUACCUUCAUCACUCUGGACAUUCUUUGCGUCGACUUAUUCUUAUUGAUCAGGUUUACAGUAUCGAUAUAUCUCAAAUCGCUGCCCUUUGUCCCAACCUGGAAGAACUUACAGCAAAAUUGAGUAUACAGGAUGAAAAAGAUAAUACUGCUGAGCUGAAGAAUCUACGUUGUGCUAAAGUAAGAAUCACUACUCCAUCCACAUUCACUUGGAUCAUGAAACAUUCUCCUAAUAUUCUUCAACUCGAGAUUCUUCUGGAAAGAGAUGACACUUUUGAUAUGUUUGAAAAUGAUGUAAUCAUGGAUGUAAUUGAGCAAAACCCUAAAUCGUUACAUUCUAUUAGGCAUCUUAGCAUACAUAUGUUCCAUAAUUCUGGUCAUCAUGGUUAUGUGAUAUCUCUUGGAACGCUGACAAUCGAGGCUGCAUAUGCAUUGUGUAAUGCUUGCGAUAAUAUUCGUCUUAUUGGUGAGUUAAAUACCUGGUUCAAGGUAAGCGUGGAAGAAGUACUGCAGAUGGCUGAAUAUAUCAAGGAACAUAAUUGGGAUUUGAAAAUCAGUUAUAAAGAUGUUCUCUAUCCUACAUGAUAUGCGGUAGUCUUCCUGUUGACCAUUGCCUUGUUUUAUUGUGCCUCAUUUUGUUACUGAUCUCCAGUAAUUUUUUUUAAUGCUUAUUGUUUAAAAAGUAUUUUAUAUAAAAUUUAAUUUUUAAAUAUUCUAUUUUUUUUUUCUAGACGAUAAAAUUUAUGUUAAUGAAAAUUAAGAUUAAGAUUGAUUUGUUUGAAAACAUUUUUGCUAUUUUAUCUAAUUAUAGUUUCCAAUUUUGAUCUAUUUUUUGACAUUGAAACACAAAAUUAUCUUGUAUAUUUUAAUAUUUGAAACUAUUCGUGCCUUAAAUGUUUAUAAAUUUCAAUGGGGCUCUUUACGGACUUCUGUAUUAUAAAAGUUCCUGUAUCAUAUUUUACUCCUUAUGAUUU